AAGAGUCUAAAAUAUAAUUUUACCAGUAAAAAAAUAAAAAAGAUAUUCUUCGCGUAAGCAAAUAGUGUAACACUGAAACAACAAAAACCCUAAUCUGCAACUGCGGCAGAACCCAUAACCUAUCUUCUCUUCAAUCUCGUCGCAGACAACAAUGGCGGAUCACGAUGAACAACGUCUUCAACCUCAAGACCUAGGUUACGACCCCAACUUCGUCCCCGAUUCAGUCAAAUCCUUCGUUGUUCAUCUUUACCGUCAAAUCAGAGAGAAAAAUGUAUACGAGAUCCACCAGUUAUACGAAGCUUCCUUCCAAACCCUAUCGGAGCGUCAUUUCAAGGACACUCCAUGGCCUUCCGUCGAUGCCGUCGCUCAAUACGUCGAUAACGACCAUGUGUUCUGUCUUCUUUACCGUGAGAUGUGGUUUCGCCAUCUCUAUGCUCGUCUCACUCCUACUCUUCGUCAGAGAAUUGAUUCGUGGGAUAAUUACUGUAGUCUCUUUCAAGUUGUUCUUCAUGGUGUUGUUAAUAUGCAGCUUCCGAAUCAGUGGCUUUGGGAUAUGGUUGAUGAAUUUGUUUAUCAGUUUCAAAGCUUUUGUCAGUAUCGUGCUAAAAUGAAGAACAAAACUGAACAAGAAAUUGCUCUCUUGAGACAAUUUGAUCAGGCUUGGAAUGUUUUUGGUGUCCUGAACUUCUUGCAAGCUCUUGUUGAGAAGUCAGCUAUUAUUCAGAUACUUGAGCAAGAGAAGGAAGGGCUUGAGCAAUUCACUGCUAAUGAUGGCUAUGAUUACAAUGGUGGUAGUAAUGUCUUGAAGGUUUUGGGAUAUUUCAGUAUGGUUGGUUUGCUGAGGGUUCAUUGUCUCUUGGGUGAUUAUGAUACUGGUCUUAAGUGCUUGCAACCUAUUGAUAUUAGUCAGCCAGGUGUUUUCAACAUUGUUAUUGGAUGCCACAUUACCACCAUUUAUCACUAUGGUUUUGCCAAUCUUAUGCUCCGCAGAUAUGUGGAAGCAAUUCGUGAAUUCAACAAAAUUCUCUUGUACAUCUUUAAGACAAAGGUGUACCAUCAGAAAUCUCCACAGUAUGAGCAGAUAUUGAAGAAGAAUGAACAAAUGUAUGCGUUGCUGGCAAUUUGCCUCUCACUCUGCCCCCAAAGCAAGCUCGUUGAUGAAACUGUGAACUCUCAGUUGCGAGAGAAGUAUGGUGAAAAGAUGAGCAGAAUGCAACGAUAUGAUGAUGAGGCUUUUGCUAUGUAUGAUGAGCUCUUCUCAUAUGCAUGCCCCAAGUUUAUCACCCCUUCAGCGCCCAGUUUUGAGGAGCCUCUAGUAAAUUACAACCAGGAUGCCUAUAGACUUCAAUUGAAACUGUUCCUUUAUGAAGCAAAGCAACAACAGUUGUUAUCAGGUCUCAGGACCUUCUUGAAAGUAUAUUCAACAAUCUCCCUUGCAAAACUUGCAAGUUACAUGGAAGUAGAUGAACCGACCUUAAGGACUAUCUUAUUGACAUACAAGCACAAGACCCAUGCUGUUGAUAGUGCUGGAAAAGUUAUAUCCAAUGCUGAUGUGAAUUUCUUUAUUGAUGAUGACACAAUUCAUGUUGUGGAGUCCAAACCUCCCAAACGGUAUGGGGAUUACUUCAUCCGUCAAGUUGCUCUGCUUCAAGGGGUGAUCAACGAGCUGGACACUAUAAAGCUGGAGUGAGUUGAUGCACUUCAUACCUUUUGUCGGUUCCCCUUUUUUAAUUCGCUUCGCAGGCAGAAUUUUGUUAAUUUUUGUUGGAGGUGGAAGGAUGUAGUUAGCUUCCUACAUUUUGUGUAAUACUAAAUACUAAUUUUUCUCAAAGCUGUUUUAUUUAGAGAAAUAACCUACCCAUUUAUGUUUUCAAACGAGGGCAUAAAGCUUCAGUGUUUCGACUAGUAUUUUUUGUUGACGAAAUCCUAUGCUUCUCUUGGUCUGUUGCUUGUU